AUGGGUGAUGGCUGGACGAGCUACCCGCACGAGUUACUCGUAUGUCUGUCCGAAGGACCCGCUGGUCAAGGGCUAAAAGCCUCUUGGACGCUUGGCCUGGGCCUUUUGGGCACGAUGACGCCGAAAAAGGUGCCAUGCUUCCAGUACCAGUAUUGGCAUCCCCACGAGAACGUGGGCAGCAGGUCGGCCAUGAGAGAGCCAUGCCCGAGGCCCUGUCCAUCACCAGCGGAUGGCCAUGUGUUCACACGCACCGCAUUCCGUGUAAUGAGCAGCGCCGGUGCAAAACGAACGAGCGAGAGCUGCCAGGGUUGUUCUCCAUCUCCCGCUAACGGCCCAAAAGGCCUAAACCGCAUCGGCGACUGGCAGCAUAUUUGGACGAAGGAGACUGCAGAUCAAGACCCCGGCACAAGAGCUGAUGGUGUCGUCUUCAUUAGCAGAAAAGCUUGGGUCUCCGCAGUUGCUAUACAGUACAGGACGGUCGACUGUCAACAGCCGAGUCGUGGAGGAGAAGCUCGGGUACACGCAAGUACCUUGGCCAGAGAACGGGCCGCAACAGAGACUCUCGUCGCAGCGAAAGGAGCCAAACCCUGGCAGGUGAUUCUGCAGGGAUUCCAGCGCAGCUCUGAGAAACGGCGUCGUCUCCCGCAGACGCCGAGCACAAGUACGAGUACACGGGCCGAGCGAGAAAGGGAACAAGCAAGCGGCAGGGGCCGCGGGACCAACCGAACUGUAGCGCCUUCUCUGCGCAAGGACCAGUCCCUGUCAACAGACCACCUGUCGAUCGAGAUUGGCUCACUUGCGCAGGUAGCGUGCCGCGCUAGCAGGGCCUGGGCUACCAGAAACAACCAAUCGCAUGCACGGGGGCUCCGCUGCGGAGACAAAGCCGCACUUUGGACCGAUCUCAGUGAGGAGAGAAGCACUGCUCCUUCUCAGUUUUCACUGGCCUCGGGCAGGUGUGGCUGA